GUCCCCCGGAAGUGAUGUCACGGGCCCCCAUGUGAGCCGAUUGCAACACAUGCAGCGCGGAGAGGGGGAGCGCGAGCAGCCGGUGUCCGACGUCAGCGCCAGCCGCGCGCCGCCGGGGGGGAGCGGGCCUGAGGCCGCAGCCGCCGCCGCCGCCGCAGCAGGAGGAGGAGGAGGAGGAGGAGGAGGGAGAAGAUGGCGGACGAUCCCAGCGCUGCCGACCGCAACGUGGAGAUCUGGAAGAUCAAGAAGCUCAUCAAGAGCCUGGAAGCGGCCCGCGGCAAUGGUACCAGCAUGAUAUCAUUGAUCAUUCCCCCCAAAGACCAGAUUUCGCGAGUGGCAAAAAUGUUAGCGGAUGAGUUUGGCACCGCCUCCAACAUUAAGUCUCGAGUGAAUCGCCUUUCAGUACUGGGAGCCAUCACAUCUGUACAGCAAAGACUGAAACUCUAUAACAAAGUACCUCCAAAUGGUCUGGUUGUUUACUGUGGAACAAUUGUGACAGAAGAAGGAAAAGAGAAGAAAGUCAACAUCGACUUCGAACCUUUCAAACCAAUCAAUACGUCGUUGUAUUUGUGUGACAACAAAUUCCACACAGAGGCUCUUACAGCGCUGCUUUCCGACGACAGCAAGUUUGGCUUUAUUGUAAUAGAUGGUAGCGGUGCACUCUUUGGAACUCUUCAAGGAAACACAAGAGAGGUCCUGCACAAAUUCACUGUGGAUCUUCCAAAGAAGCAUGGUAGAGGAGGUCAGUCUGCCUUGCGUUUUGCUCGUUUGAGGAUGGAGAAACGACACAACUACGUGAGGAAGGUAGCGGAGACAGCUGUGCAGCUCUUCAUUUCUGGAGACAAGGUGAACGUGGCCGGUCUCGUUUUAGCUGGAUCGGCUGACUUCAAAACUGAAUUAAGUCAAUCCGACAUGUUUGAUCAGCGGUUGCAAUCCAAAGUGCUCAAACUAGUUGACAUUUCAUACGGAGGAGAAAAUGGAUUCAAUCAAGCAAUUGAGUUGUCAACUGAGGUCCUCUCCAAUGUGAAAUUCAUUCAAGAGAAGAAACUAAUAGGACGAUACUUCGACGAAAUCAGUCAGGACACGGGGAAGUACUGUUUUGGCGUUGAAGAUACAUUAAAAGCUUUGGAAAUGGGAGCAGUAGAGAUACUGAUAGUCUAUGAAAAUCUGGAUAUCAUGAGAUACGUUCUGCACUGCCAAGGCACGGAGGAGGAGAAGAUCCUGUAUUUGACACCAGAGCAAGAGAAGGAUAAAUCCCACUUCACAGAUAAAGAGACUGGCCAGGAACAUGAACUGAUAGAAAGUAUGCCCCUUCUGGAGUGGUUUGCAAACAACUACAAGAAAUUCGGAGCAACAUUGGAAAUUGUUACAGACAAAUCACAGGAAGGAUCCCAAUUUGUGAAAGGAUUUGGAGGAAUCGGAGGUAAACUGCAAGACAAAAACGUGUUUGUCUUGUCUUUUUUUUUAAUGGUUGAUUUGAUAAUCUGGUGCCAACACAAGUGGAAGGCUAGAGAGAUUAAUCUUACCCCUAUUAGUCAGGAUAUCAGUUUGAGAAAUGAUCAGAGGGUGCUUGGAGGGUGGACUGUCCUUCUUUCCAGCUGCUGAAUUUCAGAAGGGCCG